AUCCUGCCAUAUAUGCAUGGGAAAAAACAACAGUACAAUAUGCUACCACAUAUUACAAGCAUCACAGGCAAGGUACAUCAUGUUAUGUUCUCUAUCUAAUUCAACAGUAAAAAUGCGAAUUAUAAUGUUGUUACCAUUAUUUAUAUUAUGCAAAUGAUCAAAACAAACAUUAGAACAAUUAAGAUAAUUUACAAAAUAAAGUAUCACAAAUAAAUCCCAUUUUACAAUAGUUUUAUGGAUGAUGUUUUUCAAAUGGAUAUUCAUUUGAAUGUGUAUGUCUACUGGCUGUUCCACUGUAUGUUCAUGCUCUUGCGACAAAGAAUAGAAAACAGUGACGACUAGGAAACAAUGGUAUAUAAUUUCAAGUUAAUUUCUUUUUUUUUUUUUUUUUUUUUUUUUCCAGUUUGGUCGCAUUAGUUUGCAAAGCUGCAGUUCCUGACUAUGACCACCAGAGGGCAGUAAAGACCUUUGACUUUAAAUCCAUUCAGGUCAACCGUCUAACAUCAAGGAAAACCUUAACCAUAACCUGAAAUAUUUAAUAUCCACAAAAAUUUCAAACGUCCAAAAGAAGAAAAAAGAAGAAAAACAAGCAAGUAGAGCAUUAAUUCAGAGGAUUUUGAACAUUCUUUUGUACACUAGAUAUCAGAAAGUAAACUUUGUUCUCUUUUACAUAAAAUCCUACUUAGUAAACAGCAGCUAAUAUCUACACAGAGCCACAUUUCCCCUCUUAUAUUGUAAACAACCAUUUAUGAAUGAAAGGAGUGUCAUGUCAAAGUGCUUAUUUCUGUGUUUGGGACGUCCCACCACCUCCCUCUCCAUCUCCUUGCGGAGUGGGCCGUAUAAAAAUCCUAGGAAUCCCAGCUCUGUAGCAGACCUUAAAGUGUGUCCGCACUGAACAUCCAGGAUGACAGGGAUUAUUCUGUUUGUCUUGUUUCUAGGGCUUCCUCUUUACAGCACAGAGGAGCAUGUUGUUAACGAGCUGUACACCCUGAUAGAAAAGGGUCAGAGCAGCUUUGUGGAUCCAGCUCCGAGCAACCAGAGCAGGCUGGUGGUUAAAGAGCCCUCCCUGCCCAUCAACGAGCUCCUGGAGAAAAGCAGCAAGACCGUCGAGUCCAAGUUCGCCCUCCAUCCUCUGCCCUCAGCCGUGUGGCCGAAACACAGCGACUUAGCGCCCGUCCCCCGCCUCCACACUGCCCACAACAAGAGCAAGAAGGGCCCCAAGAGCGACCGUCUGCUGGAGCACAACAGCGAGAAAACCAGAGGGGAAGUUGUGGGUCUGCUUCCCAAAACCCCGCUGACGGGGGCCGCUGCAGCCGCGGCCGCCAACCGAACCGCGCAGAAACCCAACCAGGACUCCCAGACAAGCGUCAGUCCGCCCCAGCAGCAGGGCGACCCAGAGGGACACCCCAACUCCAGACCCAGGGUGCCACUGCACGCGCAGCCUCAGGCUCAGCCGCACCAACCGGCGUCUUCUCCGCGGAGAGAUCACCCCAACCGACGGCUGGACCCGGAGGAGAACCGGCCGGGGAAGUCCAGCCUCUAUCAGUCAGGUAUCGGUGCAGCGAGCCGGAACAACAGCCGCCCGCCUGUCGUCCUUAACCGGCGCUCCGCCAGCCUGCUCUACCAGUUCGACAUCCUGAGGCGAGAGCCUGACUUCACACAUGAUGCCUUCUGCAUGAGUGAGUGCAGGAAGGAGAAAGAGGAGAGAGAGUAUUACUGCUACAGUGAGUUUGCCAUCAAUGGGAUAGCCCACGACAUCGAGGUGUUGCGUAAAGGGAUACGGCUCAUUACGCUGAUGGUGAGCAGUGACGGGUUCUACAAGAUGAGUCGUCUCUACGUGACCCCAGACAGCUUCUUCUUCAAAGUUCGCCUUCUGGUCCUGGACACAUACAAAUGCAGCAAACCCUGCCCUGAUAUCAAACUCGGGACCAGAUACAUUGUAAUGGGUCAGAUUUACCACCGGAGGCGCCACCUUCCCAAUGACCUCCUGACCCUGCUGGGGGGUAAACUGAAGCCCGGGGACGGCCUCCUGCGAAGCAGCAACUACGUCAAGAGGUUCAACAAACGGAGGCACCAGAAAGCCCUGGAGGCCACCCGCUCCAGGUGUAGGUGAACCAAACAUUAAGGCGAUCAUCCCCUUCUGCAGGGGAAGAGACACUGCAGCUUACACGAACUGAUCGUAACUAACCCCCUCAGUUUUGUGCAAGAGAGAGGACAUUUUGCAGAAAGCCUGGAUUUACUUUGGUAUGGGUCGUUACGAUGUACCAUAAUGUAACAAAAGUAGUUCAUAGAGUGGGUGCAUUUUCUCAUUUCGCAUCACAUGGGCAUUUUUUUGGGGGGUGGGAGGGGGGUGUUCAUGUGUGUUUAACAUGCCAAUAUUUGUCCUGAGAGAGGAACGAGAUCAUAUCAGAUCCAGUCCCACUACAAUUCAAAUGAACACGCACACAAGAUCACCAACUGUAGGAACCUCAGAUCUUCUCAUACAAAUUCAACAUUUAAAUCUUCCCCUUAAUGAAUCUACGAUGCUUCUUAAUUGACAUGAAUGCAAAAUGUUGUAUUGCACUGAACUGUAUUGUUUUGUAACACCCAGUCCCGGGCAUGUUGUCCCUGUGGUUGUCAUUGGUAAGCAGGAAAUGCACUAUUAUCGUUACAGGGACCAAAGGGAGGGAAUCAGGGGCCUGAAAAAGCAGCAACAAACCCCAGUGGAGAAGAAGGGUGAGAGAGGAAAGAGGGAGAGAGAGAGAGAGAGAGAGAAAGAGAGAGAGGGAGCACAGGGCCUUUGCUUGUCACGAGAGCGGCUUAUUUUUCUAACUUUAAUUAUGUGUCCACGAUGACAUGUCUGCCCGAGUAGAAUGGGACAUCAAACGAGGCCUUGCUGAAUGAGGAAGGGGUGUGUGUGUGUGUAUGUGUGUUGUUGUUGUAGGGACUAAGCCAUAAGUCUAAUCGCGGGAAUCUGAUCCUUUCCGCACCUGGACACAUGACUCAGAAAAGUGCCUCCACUGCAGCUCCUCUUUGGGGUGGCUCUUGUUUUCUUGCUUACACACAAACACGUACUCCUUUUGGGAUGGCCCGAGCUCAAAAGGGGUGUUUAAAGUACUUAGGCAGGGAUCAGAGAGAGAGAGGUGGGCAGGGGCAAGGUGGAGGAGGAAUAAAGACAGUUAUGUAAAAUGACACAGGGAGGGGGAUCCGGGCAGGAGAAGGGGUGUUGGGUCCGUCUUUCUGAAGAAGCAGCUUCUUAUUUAAACAGAAAUCCCUGGCAUUGGUUGUAGUACGGCCCCCGAGCUCAUGCUUCCUAUGAAAGGGAAAAGAUUUGCACUGAAUGCUUACAUUGCUUUGCAGUACACAAACCCAAUAAAAAUGUGUAUUUGUUUUGUA